UGCGUCGUUAAAUAAAACAUUUCUUUCUUUUUGACACCAUAUAACCGUAAAUAAAAUGUGUUGAAUGCGUCGUUAAAUAAAAAAAUGUCUUUCUUUCUUUUUUUCUGCCAAGCACUCAUCUACCGACUGAUCAGUCAGGAGCCAGCAGUAAAUAUAGGUUAUUGGAUGAACAAGAGUGUCAUAUGGAAUUUAUGAAACAAGUUUCAGUGAUGUCAGUUACAGUGCUAAUGAAUGAUGUCUCUGCUGCUGAAUGAUGGGUGACCAUGUUAAGGUAGAUCCUGGUAAGGACAUCUGUUCCUGCACCUGCUCGGAUGGCAGGACUGUGACGGUAGAUCUCCAGACUCUAUGUUCGUACUCAGGCUACUUUUCGGCACUGCGCCAGAGUGAAAUGCAGGAGACUCUGUCUAGAAGCAUCACCUUCCACCUGUUCUCAUCAGACAUUCUGACGCUUGUGACCAAUCUCAUACAUCAGUAUUCCAUGACGAAGACGUGGACUCCAUUACUGGACAAUAUGUCUUUAACAGUGAUAGAAGAUCUGCUUUUUGUAUCAGAUUAUUUAGAUAUUCCCUCCAUUAGGGAGAUGUGUGAGUGUUGGUUGACAUCUAUAUGCAGUGUAGCAGAGCUGGACCAUUUUGGAAAUUUGGUGCUGUUGUGUAAUGUAUACAAUCUGAAAUCGUUACGAAAAGAGAUUUAUUCUUACUGUAAAAUCCAUAUGAUGGUAAUCAAAGAUGACUUAUCGGUGCUAGAUGUGCUGAGUUUUGAUAUCAUGAAAGAAGUAUUGGAGAGUGAUGAAACUGAUGUGGAUUCGGAGUGGGACUUGGUUGACUGUGUUGGCAAACUGUUUAAUCACAAUGAAAUAAAUAUCAGCUCUGAGGAGCAGCACAAACUCCUAACGCUCAUCCGAGUUCCAAGACUUCUGGUUGACCAGGACCAUCAGUUGUUGCUGAAGGAUUUGGAAAACGAUCUUGUGAAGACAUUCCUUCAAACUGCUGUUGCCAGCUGUAAGUCGGAACCAAGACGGUAUACAAAGACGUUUCCAUGGCAAUUUCGCCUCAGACGGCCCAGAAAAGCUGUCAUUUGUUUCAGGGUUCCUUUUGCCAAGUACCUGAUGUCUGCUGUGAUGGUUUCUCCUGUCUGUGAAGUCGGUGUGGAUGACAAGCAGGGCGUGACAAGCAAUAAAAGCAGUACACACACAGGUGAACUCGCACACUCUGCACCAGGAAUUGUCUGUAGCACAAGUGAAAGCAGUACAUACACAGGUGAACUCGCACUCUCUGCACCAGGAAUUGUCCGUAACACAAGUGAAAGCAGUACAUACACAGGUGAACUCGCACUCUCUGCACCAGGAAUUGUCCGUAACACAAGUGAAAGCAGUACAUACACAGGUGAACUCGCACUCUCUGCACCAGGAAUUGUCUGUAGCACAAGUGAAACUCCAGCAGCCAGCCGGGAGCUAAACUUCCACAAUGUACCUGAAAGCCUAAGAAAAAACAUUGAUUCAAAGAACCUGCGUGAGUUUGCUGUCGCGAAGCUGGGGCGGUCAGUGUAUGUGGUUGGAGGCCAGGGUCGGUAUUCCUUGGCUGGACAGUUCGCUUUGGAUUCUGUGAUGAGGCUCGAUUUAGAUGCACUGCAGUGGCAUAUGGAUACGUGCAUGCUGUCAAAACGAUGUUUGUUUUCUCUGGUACCUGCAGAGGGUCAGCUCUUGGCUAUUGGGGGAGUGAACUCUGAAGGAGAACUUUCAUCAGUCGAGUCAUUCAAUCCUUAUGACCACACGUGGACGCCAGUUGCCUCCCUUGGUUACAGAGUUCACGAACAUUCAGCAUGUGUGUACAAGGAUGACGUGUAUGUGUCUGGGGGCCACAACGGCCACCACCAUCUCAACUCAGUGUCCUGCUACAACAUGGUGUCACGGGAGUGGAGGGAGCGCGCCACACUGCUGUUUGCACGGUCCUACCACUGCAUGAUAGAGUGUGGAGGUAAACUGUUUGUCAUUGGAGGAUGUAAAUUCAGACGGAGACAGCUCAUCACAGUGCAGAUCUGUGAAGUUUACAACAUGGAGGCCAAUCAGUGGACGCAGCUGGUAUCAAAGUUCCCCACACACUUCACGGCUAGUCUGUCGACGUGGCGGAUGGGGUCUGACAUCGUCCUUGUCGGCGGUUACAGCUUCCGACAGAAUCGGUACAGGACGAAGCAGUACAUUCUCCACACGGACGACUACACAUGGACCGUGGAGCAGGUCAACUUUCCCAACAGAACGUUCGGAUGGAAAGAGGCGGUCUUCCACGAAGUGUUGCUGGGAGAAAACACAUACAGUCAAACAUUUGAUAAAACACAUAGAGUCAAACGUUUCUCAACAAAACACACACAGUCAAACGUUUCUUAAAACACAUAUAGUCAAACGUUUCUUAACAAAACACAUACAGUCAAACGUUUCUCAACAAAACACACACAGUCAAACGUUUCUUAAAAGACAUAUAGUCAAACGUUUCUUAACAAAACACAUACAGUCAAACGUUUCUUAACAAAACACAUACAGUCAAACGUUUCUUAAUAAAACACAUACAGUCAAACGUUUCUUAACAAAACACAUACAGACAAACGUUUCUUAA